AUGUUUCUCCUGGUUCUCUUCGCCGCUGUGAAUGCAGGCCAUGGGGGACACGGCCGACCUCGCGCGGCGCUGAUCGCCCUCGCCAGCGACAACGACGUCGACGGCAUGGUCUCCAGCAUGCGCGACGUCGAGAUCGGCUUCAACAGUGCCCACGAAUACGACUGGUGCUUCUUCAGCACCGCCGAGCUCUCGGUCUCGUUCAAGGAAGCCGUCUCCAAUGCCACACCCGCCGUCUGCACUUUCGAUGUCAUCCCGGCCUCGCACUGGUCUAUGCCUGCACGCUGGCAUGCUGGUCUGUUCGCCCGCGAGAGUCGCCUCAAAUUCUACGACUUCUUCUGGAAGGUCCAAGCCGGUUCUCGUUAUACCUUUGACUUCAGGUUUGAUCCUUUCCGUGCCAUGCGCGACAGCAACCGUAUCUAUGGCCGCAGCAGGAUGGAUCUCGGCGACGUCGACGCCUCAAAGAGUCUGUACCAGACGGCAACGCAGUUCAUCAAGAAGAACCCUACCAUUGUCGAGCCUACCGCUGACAUCAGUUGGGUCCUGGGUCCGAAGAAAAACGAGCUUGUCAAGCAAUACGCUCUCGAAACACCUGAAAGCACGCGAAUCGUUAUGUCUGAGGCUGCAGCCCUGGGACACCAAGAUGAUGCUGAAUCUCUUGAGCUCAGUUUCCCCUGCAGAAACCAACAUCAGGCCCCUUUUCAGAGCACCAUCCGUGCAAACAAGCAAACCUGUCCCACGUCAGGCCCCCUCGAGAUGGGCAGCCUGGCCUUCUUCCGCGGGCCGUCGUUCUCGCGGUUCUUCGACCAUCUCGACGCCGACGGAACCUUCUACUACAACCAUCUCGGUCGCAGUCCUGUGUCGCCCCUCAGUGCGGCCCUCCUCGCACCAGACGCCCUCUGGCUGCUUGACGAUGAUGCUUCUUGCCGCGCCGGCACCACGACCGUCUACGACACUCCGCCACCCGUCGAUCCCUCUUACGAGGUGCCUUUUCUGGCGAGCCUCAUAUGCGGUGACUAUUUUGCAUGGACCGCAAGCUACCUGGCCGGGCUGGACGACUACAGCGUGCUGUGGAGGCAGUACUGGGAUCUCCUCGCUAGGGACUUCAACCAGCAGGCCGUCGGCUUCAAGCAGCAUCAGGGGUUCACUCAUAAGGGUGAUAUCGGCAACAAGGCUCUGACCUUUUUGAACGAGACCCUCUGA